AAGAACAAACCAAACCCAAACCCAGAAGAAAAAAAAUCAAAUCCCAAAUUUUUGGGUAACAACAUUUGUCAACCAUCCACAAAUGUCUGCACUGCUUGGGGAGAAGAAUGAAGAGGCACUGUGUUAUUUGACCAGAGUUGAAGUGACAGAAUUUGAAGAUAUUAAAUCAGGUUACAGAAUAAAUUUUUAUUUUGAUGGAAAUCCUUACUUUGAAAAUAAAGUUCUCUUCAAAGAAUUUCAUCUGAAUGAAAAAAUGGUGAUCCAUCUUCAAAGUCCACCAAAAUUAAAUGGAAAUUUGGAAAGGAUUUGAUGAAAUGUUCACGUUAAAUGCAGAAUAAAGCAAGCAGGAAAUGGCAGCAUGAGGAACCAGAGAGCUUCUUUACCUGGUUUACUGACCAUUCUGAUCCGAGUGAUGAUGAGUUAGGAGAGGUCAUCAAAGUUGAUAUUUCGACAAAUCCAUCACAGUACUACUCUUCUUUCUCGAUACGGAUGAUGGAGGAGGAGGAGAAAAAGAUGUUGAUAAUAGUAGAGGAGGAAGGAUUAGAGAAUACUGAUGAGAGAGGGGAUGAGGAUGACAGUGAAAAAGAUGAAGAUAAUGAUGGAAGGGAAGAAGGAAAGAAGGAUAAAAAAGAUGACGACUAAUAAGAACACUGACAGAUACCAACCUUCUCUACACCAUGGUUCUCAACUUAUUUUGGGUGAAAUACCUUGAGCAGAAUACAAUGGGAAAAGAGU